AUGGAAGAAACUUAUUGGGAGCAAAGGAUGAAGCAAAUAUGGCUGAAAACUGGAGAUCAGAAUACUAAACAGUUUCACUUAUCUGUCCAGCAACGAAGAAGGAAAAAUAACAUCUCAAGUCUACAAACAAAUACGGGUCAAUGGCUCACCAAUCCAAUGGAAAUUGCAUAUGAAAUGAUCUCUUUCUUCAAAAACUUGUUUCAAGAGGAUGUGACUGUUCAACUCCCUACAGAUUUUCAACAAUCAUCUUUCUCGUUAGAUGCAGCUGAUUAUCUUUCCAUUACAUCUUUUCCUUCAGCGGAUACUAUCUGGAAGGUGGUCAAAAACAUGAAUCCAUUUGGUUCACCAGGACCUGAUGGAUUUCCGGUGAUAUUCUACAAGAAAAGUUGGUCUGUUGUUGGAGAUGAUACUGUUAAAUUCAUUCAAGAGACUUUCACUUCAAGAGAACUACCAAUUUAUAGUAAUCUGUCAAGAUUCAAUAAUCAGAUUCAGAACUUAUGCCCAUUCUGCAAUUGCGAAGAGGAAUCAAUUCACCACUUAUUAUUUGUCUGUCCUUUCUCAAAAGAAGUCCUUCAGCGAAGUCCUUUAACAAUCGACAUUCCAGAUAAUACUUCUCCAAUGGGUGUGAUCCAGUUUUGGCUAGAAAAGGAGGAUCAAGGUAUAACUCUUAACUUGGCAGCUUGUAUCCUGUGGAAUGUACGGGAAAUGAGGAACGAUAGAAUUUUUAGUAAUACUCAACCCUCGAUAUCACUUUGUAUUGAGAAGGCACUGAAAGAUUUCAAGCUUUUCGAUCUUCAUCAUGCAUUGAAUUUUAGCUCAGGGAUUAAUAUCAGCCAUCAAGAAUUUGCUCAAUGGGUAACUCCUCCUCAGUUUACGGUCAAGGUUAACGUUGAUGCAGCGUACAAUAAUGGUCGAGGUGCAUCUGCAGCCAUAGCUAGAGAUUCAAAUGGUACCUAUCUUGGUUGUGGUGCUUUCUGCUUUAGUUCUUUCUCUUCUAUGGUGGCAGAGCUAAAGCUUAUGGCCUUGGUUUACAAUUGGCGAAAAGAAUCCAAGUUUCAAAGAUAA